AUGCAUUUUGGGACUUCAACUGCGCCACAAUCGCAAGUGAGCUACAAGGCUGAUGAGGGGUGUGAAGGUGUGAACGCAGUGAGGACAGGUUGUGAUUUUGUCCGAAUUGUUGGUGGUGGUGGUGGUGGCGGCGGCGGCGGCGGCGGUGGUGGUGGUGGUGGUGGUGGUGGUUCUGCAUGCGGUAGUGGCGGUGGCGAUGGUAGUGGUGAUGACUGGCAGGUGGAUGGGGGUAUUCCCACCGGCAGUGGGACUAGGUUUAUUAGUAGUCGUCUUUGCAGUCACCGUAUGGGUUGACACAUGUGAUGACACAUGUUGCGGUGGGCAGCGACCUCGGGGUUUGAAGUGAGAAUCUGAAACUGUUUCCUGGAACUCACCCUUGUCGCCUCUGUGGAUACAGGACAUUUGUUCACGGGCGUGUUCGUUUUCCAUCGGUUUCGUGGAGGUUGCAGCAGCGAUGACGAUAAAGACGUUUUAGAAGGAAGUAAACUGAUUUGACGUAAAUAGUAAUGUUCUUACGAACUAACGAGUUAUAUCCCACGAGCCCUUAGCCCUAAAAGUAGCAAGCAGAACUGAGCAGUGAAUAAUAUAGAGAUUUUGAACGUUAAGAAACUGGCAAUAGAACACCACAGCGGAGCACGCUAGCAAGACCGGUUGUACAGGUGUGCCUUUUUCGUCACAUUCAAGCAAGCAAUGCGGGCAAAGAAAACAGGACUAAAUUGUCAAAGGUAAAUUACUCCGGUACCUCACCACAGAUUUUUCUUGUUGAUGUGUCGGGUUCGUAGAUGUCCUCUGGGGCAGACCGGUGUAGGGACUGUCCGUUGAUAACGAAAACCUAAUACCGCACUUGGGUUUUAGGGGAUGUUGUUCUGCGUUGCUGGAGACCUGCAAGCCGCCCCGUUAGCUUUGGCAGUGACGAUUCAGAUGGUUGCCUAGAUUGCUGCCCCAGUAUUUGCCGCUCUUCUCCAGGUCGGUCAGUCUUGGGCGAGGUCCUCUCAAGACUACCAUAUUACUUGAAAAUGCUUGUAAGGAAUCUUCAGGAUGAACUUGUCACGUCGUUCUGUCCUCCCUGAGAGCGAGCGCCCGUAGCUACGACGCCGUAGACGAGUCGCUCAGUCAAGCUCUCCUCGCCGCUCCUCGCGAGGUGGACGCUGCAGAUUUAUUACAGUUGCCUCAGCCUGGUGUGAAUACUGAGGCCUCUGGCUCGUUCCACGGCUUCGUAUUGACCAUCCUGUCCUUAUACCGCAACUUCAGCCUUCUUCGUCGAUGGAGGAGUUGGAAAUGAAAACGUUUCCUGACCCGUUGGACGUAUACUGUUUUUGCCCUCGUCCCAUGGUUUAGCAUCGUCUAGACUACCGUUUUGCAUAUCUUGAAUGUGAUGUUGAGGCUAAUUCCGCGGCUGUUCCAGACGGGGUUUGUAGCCGACCGAAGACCUGGAUAUGAACUUCCAGAUUGGAUAGCCCGAUCAGCAACGCCUUCGUUCAUUAUGAUGUUGCUGUGGGUCUAUCGCCUAAACAGACAAAUUUAUCCCUGCUGUGUAUUUAAUGGCGUCGACGCUGACGGCAGAGCACUUGUAUUGAAUGGUUGAAAUCUUCUGAUGAUCAGUCCGAUGUGUACGCCGCCGGUAGCAAGGCGGUCUAUGCUCCGUUGCACAUCCUCUUCUAUGGCAUUUUUGAUCUCCCACUUGGACACGGUGAGCGGGUCGUGAACAGUAGUCAUUAAAGACGCGUUUGGGCCCGCAUGUAUGGGGUGGUAAAUAGUCAGCUGUUGGUUCUGUAAACGACGUCGAUGUCUGUACGUUCUCCACAGUAUGCAUCCAUUAUAAUGGGGAAAAACCUAAGGUUAAAGAGGGUGAGAACGAAUGGAAAGUCCUGAUUCGCCUCGCUGGUCAUCGGGAAUGCUCCGAAGAGUUUCGCGUUGUCCUCGACGAACGCCAGUAACCCGUGUAAAACUGGCGUUCCAUCUCAGUGGAUCGUUUAGGAAAUCCAGAUUUUAGCAUAAUUAUUCAGUCCAUUUCCAUCAACCGCUUCAAAGCCCCUCUCCAGGUCCACGAACGUAGCGUACAUGUCUGUUUGCGGUUUUUUGACAUUCAUUCCACAUUUGGUGGGUGAAGAAGUUCAUGUCGGUGGAUUCACCGUGACUCAGGGCGAAAAAGUGUUCCCAUGUGCGCGUGCAGACGGCUGAGAACAAUAUGUCGUAAAGGCUUCUCUGAAGUAUUUAGAAGGCGAGGGGCUCCGUGCUUAUCAUUAAUUUGUCGUAUCCCCAUCCGGUUUAUAAAAGGGGGCUAUUUUGCCUUCUUCGAAGAACCGAAAGCUGUUCCAACCAUCGUCCCUUCUAAAGGGACAGUAGGCUUGCCUAUCGGCCGAGAGUGGCAACACUUUUACAUUUUGGUUGGAAUCAGGCCGGCUUUUGGUAUUUUGCUGGUGUACAUCUCGUGUACGAUCGUGGUAGUUCCUGCAGCGAGGACCAGUAGUUGAAAUUGACGCUGGUCUUCCACUGAAUGCGUAAUUUUUUAGCGGCUUCGGAGACUGUGGGCGGCCGGUUGAGGAAGACUUCGUAGUUCACGGUCGGAACCACAGGAGUUACGAUUGCCUGCGAGAAUCGUCAAUCUCUCAGAGCUGAAAAAUAACGUUUCCCCCCCCCCCAUGGUGUAGGAAUCAUAGACCGUCCUCCUUGAUGCGACGGAUUAUUUCCUGUCAUGCAAUUCGUGCACAGAUGUCUUUUCCCACACAUUUCGCAUCCCUCCCCACAGCAUUUACUGGUGGGAUUUUCACGCUGAGGAAGCGCCGAUGAAAGAGCUUUGCCCCUACAAUCGAUGCGUCAGUGGGGAAAGAUAGUUCUGAAGGGUGAAGGAUGUCUUCAGCCGUCAUGUCUCUAGUAGGAAGCCGCUGACCUUCAUAUGUUGCUUAUCGUCCGCAUCCGCACAGGCGCUAUCUGGGCAGUCAUUGUAGCAGAGGAGGAGCAGGAGAAGGAGGAGGAGAAGAAGAAGAAGAUGGGGAGCUGCGGAGUGUAUGCCUCUUGUUGGGAGCCAGCGUGCGAAUUUUGA